AAUUUGCAAUAACCUAAAACCAAAGAUUCUCGGGCCAAAUUGAGCCAUCUUCGUCAUUUUACGAGGACGAUUGGUAAACGGAAAUUUCAAAUGUUUUUACUCACAUAUCUUUCUUUAUCUCCAAGGAGUUAUUUUGAUUUACAAUGCUCACGUGGCUAACGUUAGUUUAUCAUUGCAGUUGAAUUUUACCUCAUCGUCAGAACUAUAACACUGUCAUUUAUCUUGCUCACUGAAAUGUUUUCGAAGGACCCCAUGGCACAUGAAGAGUCCACGGAUUAUCGAAAAAUGAACAUUAAACCUUUACUGCGAGAUUCUUCUUCAUUAAUCUUUCAUUUUUCACUACUCUUAGGGCUUUAAGAGCAGCUCCAAGCCCUUGAGAACCCAUGUUCGUUAAAACUUUGAAGUCCCGGUCUCUUCUUUCUCGGGCUCCUUCUUGGUUCAAUUCGCAUCCCCAAAACAUUCGUACAUAUUCGGAAUACGUACCUACGUAUGGUUUGAUUCAGUAGCAUUCUUUCAGUUCGAUACUUUUUUGCAUCUAGAAUUGCUAUUUAUUAUAUUUCCAGUAGUGGUAAGGAAGCCCGCAAAAAAAAAUUAUUAGGUUCAUCUACUGCGAUUUUUGCCAUUCGGCCACCCUGAAGGAAGUGUCUCGCAAACAACAUAGAAUGUGGAAGAAACUGAAACGCCAGGUCGCUCCUUAAUGGAGACUAUGUGGUAGUGGAAAAACAGGAUUGGCACAGAAUGAUUUGAAUAUUUGUGUUCUUGUCACCUAAUGAUGUCGGUGAGGCUUGGAUCGCCACAUACAGACAUGUUUGGUGAAUUCUUCGCCCGUUUUUGGCAAAUCACAUUGGUCACACUGAUCGGCUUCUUCUGUAUCCGAUUAAUGUACGGAAGCAGAAGUACUUCCCGUCACUUCCGGUUACGAUUUGGCCUUAUGCACGAAGAGCAACAUCUACGGGCUGGAUGCUUACUUAGUCUGCUGCUUCUUGUACCAAGUUUGGUGACCUCCGAGUGUAAUUGGUUUCUUUUGGGAAUUUUUGUGACUGGCUACACUUUUGUCUUGGUACCUGUUUUGACUGGAGUGUACCAAAUUCCAUAUCAGUCCGACAUUCCUCGCUUAGCACGGAGCCUAAAGCAAUGGAUCUUCAGCCAUGUACGAGCUCAUCUGGAAACUAUUCCCGCUGUGAUCAUCACAAUUUUUGUAGCGCUACCACAAAUUUAUAGGGAUGUUGCUGGGGUUCAUACCGUGGUGCAUAAGAUUGUCUUUCUGGCCCUUUUGAAUACGUCUCAGACAAGUUCGACCAAGAUUGUGGCAAUGGACUUUAUUAUGUGCCAUGCAAUGGUGAGCUAUGCUUGGAACUCUUUAAAGAACUGCAAAACUUCAAGUGACUUUCACAACCUGACACCAAAAGAAAUCGCCAAGAUAUGCUCGAGUGCGGUUAUCUUCUGUUACUUUGGCGGGAAAAUCCAAUCUAGUUCCAAUUCUUCACCCCAACUUUACUCGUCCUUUGCUUACCUAGUUUUAAGUGAACCUAUCGUGGAAGAAUUCAUUACUAGAGAGCUCAAAUUCAAGCAUUACCUGAUCUUUGAGGACCUCGAAGAAUUGUAUGCCCCAAUGGUGAUCCAGUUGGUUCAAAUUUUGGUUAGCGCCUACUUGUGUGCUUGUCUUCAUUGGAGGGACAUCAUCCUUCUCAUCCUAGCUCUCUACACCUGCAUCUACAUCCCAUGGGAGCAAACCACAAUCCUUUACUAUCGACCGUUGUUGAAGGAAUUGAAGAUCAUGGGACGCUUUAAGCGCGUCUCAAACUCUGAGCUUGAAACUCAUUCAGAUCCAACCUGUCCCAUUUGCUUAGAUGACAUGGAUGAAGGACGAAUGACGCCCUGCAACCAUUGUUUCCACGGCAUUUGCCUUCGGCGGAGUUUGAAGAUAUCUCCGAAAUGCCCAAAAUGUCGUCAAGAUCUGGUCUGAAUCCACCCCAAGCCUACCAGUGCAGGGGGCCAAGAAAUAAGGCUGUGAGACUGUUUUCUUUCGAAGUUUAUCUUUCAAAUAGCAAUAAUAAAGAUAAUCGUGUCAAUUGUGGUAAUAAUAAUAAUAAUGAUAAUAA